UGUGGUUGCUGUGCCUGUGGCUGGGUCUGUUCGCUGGACGCCGGCCAGGGAUGCUUCCGCCAGACCGCUGUGCCGGUCUUGGGCUGUGGAGGAGGGAUGGCGAAUGUGCAGGUGGCCGUGAGGGUCCGGCCUCUCAGCAAGCGCGAGACCAAAGAAGGGGGAAGAAUUAUUGUGGAAGUUGAGGACAAAGUGGCAAAAAUCAGGAAUUUGAAGGUGAACAGUCGACAAGAGAGGUCUGGAGACACCCGGGAGAAGGUUGUAGCGUUUGGUUUUGAUUACUGCUAUUGGUCAGUCAACCCAGAGGACCCUCAAUAUGCGUCUCAGGAAGUGGUGUUCCAGGACUUGGGUACUGAAGUACUGUCUGGAGCUGCCAAAGGCUACAACAUAUGCCUCUUUGCCUAUGGGCAGACGGGCUCUGGGAAGACAUAUACCAUGCUGGGGACUCCAGCCUCUGUUGGACUGACCCCACGGAUAUGUGAGGGUCUCUUCAUCAUGGAAGACGACUGUGCCUCACUGCCUUCUUCCCGCAGCAUAAAAGUAAGCUUUCUGGAAAUCUACAAUGAACGGGUGAGAGAUCUUUUGAAGCAAUCCAGUCAAAAUAAGUCCUAUAGCUUGAGGGUCAGGGAGCACCCAGAGAUGGGACCCUAUGUCCAAGGUCUAUCUCAGCAUGUUGUUACCAACUACCAGCAAGUUAUACAGCUCCUGGAGGAGGGGAUAGCAAACAGGAUCACAGCAGCCACCCAUGUUCAUGAGGCCAGCAGCAGAUCUCAUGCCAUUUUCACUAUCCACUACGCACAGACAAUGCUACAGAACAACCUCCCCUCAGAGACUGCCAGCAAGAUCAACCUUGUGGACCUAGCAGGCAGUGAGAGAGCAGAUCCCAGUUACUGCAAGGACCGGAUUACUGAAGGUGCCAAUAUCAACAAGUCCCUUGUGACUCUGGGAAUUGUCAUCUCCACUUUAGCCCAGAACUCCCAAGUGUUCAGCAGCUGCCAGAGCCUCAGCAGUGCAGCCAGCAGUGGGGGUGACAGUGGGAUUCCUAGUACUACGUCUGGGACCAGCAGUGGAGGGGCGUCUGUGAGGAGGCAGUCUUACAUCCCUUACCGGGACUCUGUACUGACGUGGCUGCUGAAGGAAAGCCUUGGAGGCAACUCCAGGACCAUCAUGGUUGCCACUGUGUCUCCUGCACACACCAGCUACAACGAGACCAUGAGUACGCUGAGAUAUGCAUCCAACGCCAAAAACAUCAUCAACAGGCCACAGGUGAACGAGGAUGCGAGUGUGAAGCUCAUCCGAGAACUCAGGGAGGAGAUUGAUAGGCUGAAAGCCAUGCUGCUGAGCUUUGAGCUGAGGAACGUCCGCUCAUUAAAUGAUGAACUGGAUGAAAGCUUGAAGGAGGUGGUCCUCCGGAAUGGUCACAAGAUGGAUCAGCUGGCUCAAGAGUGGGCGCAGAAGUGGAAUGACUGGCAGGCAAUCAUGGAGCAUUACGGUGUGGACAUCAACAAGAGGAGGGCUCGGGUGGCCAUCGACUCCAGCCGGCCACACCUGAUGGCUCUGGAAGACGACUUGCUCAGCACAGGGGUCGUGCUUUAUCACCUCAAGGAGGGGACAACAAAAAUAGGAAGGAUGGAUUCAGACCAGGAACAGGACAUAGUCCUUCAGGGCCAGUGGAUCGAGAGGGACCACUGCACAAUCACUAGCACUUGUGGGGUGGUCAUUCUCCGGCCUACCCAAGGGGCACGCUGUACAGUCAAUGGCCGAGAAGUCACUGCUUCCUGCCGUCUGACUCAAGGAGCUGUCAUCACCCUGGGGAAAGCACAGAAGUUCCGAUUUAACCACCCAGCUGAGGCUGCUUUGCUGCGGCACAACAGGCUUAAGGUUGGAGAGACUCUUGGCAGCAGUUGCUCUUUGGAAUGGCUGGACUUGGAUGGAGAUGUCACUGCCUCAAGACUGGGUCUCUGUCCUGUCCUUUGGAAGGAGAGGAAAGUGCUGGAAGAAGAUUGUGACAAGGACCAGCAGACAUCAAGAAAUGGCGAGAUCUCCCACAGAGCCCAGACUGAGCAACAGCAAUGUUAUGUGGAGGAUCUGAGGCAACAGGCUGUAGAAGGGCAGAGUAGCGUUCAGAAGGCCCCAGAAUUGGACCAGACACGUAACCGUCAGCAGAUAAAAGACAACCAGCAGUGGCUACUCAGAGAAGAGACCUGGCUAGCCAGCUUACAGGAGGCACAGCAAGAAGACAACAGUGGAGAAGAGAAAGAACUUGAGGCCUUUGUGGCACCUGAUGCUUGGCUUCCAACAGUUCCUCAGGCUCUAACAUCCCCACUGGUUCAAAGCCAGAAGAGGGUGCUGCAGCUGCAGCGCUUGCGGGCACGCACUUCUCAGGCUGCAGUGUGGAACAUCAGGCAGAAAAAGGUCUCAUUCCAGCUGAAGAGAAUUAUUAAGAAGUGGAGGCUGCUAGAGACCCAGAGAAGACUGGAGCAGCUCCGGGCACUCUUUUGGCUCCCAGAUGAUGGUGCCUCCAAGGCCCCAAGUUGGGUCUCCAGCUCUAACACCUCACGCUCAAGUUCUCAGCAUAGAAGCAGAUGGACAACUUGCAGCUCUCUAAGCCUCCGAAGGCUCUGCAGCCAACGCCUGUCCCGGCUACACAGUGCUUUCAUGAACUGGGAUCCUUCCACCAUGUCACCACCUGUUCCUGACCCAAUUCACCAAAUACCAGAAAAAACCCUAUCAGCAGAUUGCAUUCCCCAGGCUACUGCUUACCCUCCAAGAACAGGUUGCCUGGGCAGGAACAGCCUCCAUCCACCAGACCGGAGGCGCUAUCCUGCCAGGGGAGCCUCAACCAGGAAGAGAGUCUCUACCCAAGGCACCUGUCUCACUGUGAGCCAUGAGUCUGUCAGUAGCCAGGAAAUCGAGUCAUUGAGUAAGCAGUCCUGUCAGACGCCUUCCCAGGGCCUAGAAACUAAGAAGCUAAAGUCAAGAGAUGGCUCAAGGACCCACACCCCUGCUGCACAGACCAGAAGGGCUAAGGGACUAGAAGCCGCUGGCAACACACAAACUGGAUGGCAAAAAGAAGGGAGCCGUGGAACCUACAAGGCUCCCAAGGAAACCACUGCCUACUCUACUUAUCUCAGUGGAUCUGAGCAAGCCGCUGGGAGUGGGAAAGUAAUCACGACUUUUCAGACAGAAUCCAAACCAACACCUCCAAGCAGGGCAUCAAAAAAACAUCAGAGGGUGCUGGCAGCUAGGGCCAAAAAGUUCUCUCGUUCACCUCAUGGCAGUUCUUUAAAAAGACAACCUAACACAGGGGAUCCAGACACGCUGGCCUUCUGCACAGAUUCCAGACCUAUAAGGGAUUGUGUAAGGGAGAAGGACAAUGAUUUAUCUGACACUGAUAGCAGUUACUCAGUGGAUUCUCUCUCUUACGUCUAUGCCAAAGUCCCAAAGGAGCGGCUGAAGCCAGAGGAUCUUCAGGGAACAUGGCAUCUUCCAGCUCGAGAGAACUCUGAAAGUGACAAUAGUCAAAUAUCUGAGGAUUCACUUGUUGAGAAAGGGUACCACAGCCCCCCAGAAGACUCGGGGGAUGAAUAUUCCACCAUGAACCAUGGGCAUUCAAGGGCCAGAAUUUUAGUCUCUGUGAGACACCUCCUGAAGCCCUCAGACAGUACCUUAUGUGGUCAAGCACAAAGGAGCUUUUCCCUGGACAGCCUGACUGACGCUGAAGAACGGGGAGAAGAUAGGCAAGAGGAACCUUUCCCUGGUUCUGCUGAUGAAAUGCCUACAGAGACUUUUUGGCACUUGCACAAGGCCGCCCUACCUGCAGUAGACCAGGAGGCAACAUGCAUGCCUAGCCCUAUCAACCACAGAACAGGAGUCAGGCCUAAUGCCUUACUGACAAAGAGCAAUUCAUUUUACCUUGACCCUGAGUUCCAGCCCCACUGUGAACUGCCUGAACAAGCCAACUCUCUCCAAGGCAUGCAGCUUACAAGAGAGAGCCCCCUGGUAUCUGUGGAUUCAUGGUUUUCUUGUGACUCUAAGGUCAAUCCCAGCAGCCCCUCAGCGACUGUACAUUCUUUAUGUCCAAGUCCUGAUGUACAUGAAAUUCAGCCCCAUGAUGAGAUGCCUAGACACAGGCUAAAUAUCAAAGAAGUAAAGCCACCAGGUACAGUCCUGUCACCUAGCUACAAACUGCCCCAAGGCAGUACUAAGCCACCCUGUAGUUCAGGUUUGUACAUAACCUCUGCUUCUGAUAUAUCCAAGCCCUCAGUUUGUGAAAGUCAAAAGUUCCUUCAGCCAGGAGCUGAUGGUGUCUUCCAGGACAAAGAAAUUCCUGACAUGACCUACCAGGGCAUCUCUGAAGAAUCGCACAAUUCUGACACGUCAAGUGUGUUGGCUCUCUCUGCCACUUCACUGGCUCACGAAGGUAGGACUCAUGAGAAAGACUGGGCUGCCCUUCAGCAGAAGUAUCUCCUUGAACUCUCUAAUUCUGUUUCGAAAGCUGUGGGAGAGCCCAGGCCAGCUUUCUCCUGCCUGGAGGAAGAAUCUAGCUCCCUAGCUGAAGCUUCUGAUAAAGUAGAUACUCAGUUGCCAGUUGACCCUGGGGUAUCUAAAAAUUUAGAUUUCAGCUACUUUCCAGUCCACAUAUCAAAAAUCAGCCACUUAAGAGCAGAGAAAGAGCAUGACAGUGUGAGUGGCAACUUAGAAAGUGCUUCUGAUCUCUUCAGUACCAUCGAGAAAGGGAGUUAUAAUGGGGCAUACUCGGCUGACCUAGAAUCACUGACUUCUGGAUCUAUAAAUGCACAGACCUGUACAGAAGGAAAUAAGACACCAAAUUAUAUGACAGAAGCAUGGGAAGUCAAACAGACCAGUUUGGAAGGGUGCCUUCCGGGUAGCAGGAACACUGGGCUGAUAACUUCCUCUGGGCAGUAUUUUUUCCAGAAGAAGGCUUAUCACAAUCUUGAUAUCUUACCUACCAAAGCAGAUCAUUGGCCCCAAGAUGGGACUGUUCUUGAGAAAAGCACUGUUGUUCAGCCAAGACUAAGUCACAACAGUCGUCAGCAGCCACUGCUGGAGGAGAAGGCAGAUUCUCAGCAGCAUGCCAAGGAAGCAGAUGGAGCACAUACAGAUGCUUCUCAUACUUUCCCGUCAGGUCCAGAGCUCUUCCUGCACUCUGCUCCCUGCAGUCCUUUCCCAUCUUCUCUGCAGCCGCCUUCCUUGGAAACAUUUUAUGUAACCAAAAGCAGGGAUGCCCUGACAGAAACUGCCUUAGAGAUUCCAGCCUGCAGGGAAGCCUGGGUGCCAUCCCCACCCCCCAGGGAAGCCUGGGGCUUUGGUCAUAGCUAUCAGGUCCUCCAGAAAGCUAACUGGAGGAAUAAUUUACCCAAGUUGUCACAAGGCCAGAAUUCUAAGAUCGAUGUGUCUCAGCAGGUGACAACAAGGAGGCCAACUCAUCCGGACACAGAAGUUACUGAAGAACUGGAGCAAUGCUCUAGAAAUACAAGAAAGGAAGGGAACCAUGAUUCUGCUUACUGUUUUUUUGCUCAGAACAGACAUCAUCUCCCUUCUACCAGCUUCAAAGUUUGUGAAUGUGGAAAUCAACUUAGAAUUUUAAAUAAAAAGUACAGCCUCUCAGUCCACGAGGAAGGAGAAGGGGCCUCUGCCUGGCAUCACUGCAGUGUUGCCUUUGAUGGCUCUGAGUCAAAGACUUUGCUCUUCAUCUGUGAUUCCAAGGCAAGUGAGGAAGAACAGAGCCCACUCCCACCACAGAUCCAGACCUGUGCUGUUCACAGUCAGUCUUCAUCUGGAGCCAGGUCUGACUUCAUUGGUAAGAUCACCAAUGUAGACCUGGAGAAGGUCAUACCUGAGGAAACUGCUCUUCCUUUGAAGUCCAGUCGAGUAAGCAGCCCUGUGAUCAUGACAGGAGGUGGGAGCCCACCUCACAGGUGGGAAGGGAGGAAUGAAACAGUGCUUCUCAGGGAGGUGAUUUCCAAAGACAUCCAAGAAGAGUUUAGUCUUCCAGGAACCCAGUACACCUGUGAAAGGUGCCAUCUAGCCAUGUGCUCUCAGGAAAGAAAACCUAGAGAAUGCAAGGCUCGUGGGCAGUCACAGGAAAUAAAAUCCAAAGAAGAACCUUUGGGAGAGAGACAGAAUCAGAGCAUUAACAGUGCCGACGAAAUGGCUAGGCUGAUCAAGAGUGUAAUGCAGCUGGAAACUGGCAUCUUAGAAAUUGAAUCCAAGCAGAAGCAGCAGCUUCAUGCUUCUCAAAUGCCAAGUACAGAGUUUAUGCUCCAGGACCUCCAGGACCAGGAGAGGGCUGACCAUGGUCUGAUGCCAGGAAGUUUUGGAAAACAUUCAUUCUUUGAGAAUCAGCCAUCUUUUCCAAUACAGAUUGAGGAUCGUAUCGAUGGAGACAGUAAAGCUAGGGAAAUGGAGGGUAACAGUGCUAUCAGUAAUAAUGCCCAAGUCCAGAAAAGCAUAGGAAGCCCCUUUAGGUCAAGGGAACAUACACAAAAGGGGAAGUCUGAGAGUGAAUACUCACACCCACCACCUGGAGUAGAUGGGCAUGCAAGGGACAUGUGUGAUUCUGUGGAGAAGGACAUAGCUCUCAGAGAGCCUAGCAACAUUUUCCUUCACUCAAAGAGAAUGAACGUGUUAGCUAGAGCUGUGCCGUUGCAGCCCAGUGUAGAGAGCUCUCCUGAGAAGGUUGAUGAGCUGCUAAAAACAUCAUCAGACUUCCAAGACUGGACUUGGACCUUGGAAAGUUUCAAGGAACCAGAGACUAUGGGAAGUGUUCAGGAAAGCCAAACUGUUGAACUCCCGAGUGAUUCAGAGUUGGAGGAUGCAAAAGCUCACAGGAGAGUUAAAGAACUGGCCAUGGAAAAGGGAGGAAACCUGCAAGAGACUUUGGUCUCACUGACCCAAAAACUUCCAACUCCAAGCCAGGAAACUGUCUCCCCAUUCCAUAAUCAGACAGGCUUCUCUGCACCUCUUCCUGAUAGAGAACUGAGUGGUACCCAACCUUUGGAUUUUCCAAGCUUACCAAGAAGCUGUUUGCAUGCCUCUGAUACCAAAGACAUCUCUUCAUUUGAGUACAUGUUAGAGCCUACAAUGUUGAAAAUUAAUAGAAGUUCCUUGGCAACUGGAGUAGGGCAUCAGGAUUACAGUGGAGGAACCAGAAGCAGUAGCCCACAGGCAAGUGGUAUAGGGGAUGCUUCAGCUGCACAUACUGCCUGGUGUGAAUCUGUGACGCCCACAGUCAUGAGAGCUAAUGAUCAGUCAGUUAUACCAGAGAGCAUUCUACUAGAGUCAGAGGACUGGAUAACAGAAAGCACUAGCCCCCAAGAAGACCAGAGAGGGGACUUCAGAGUCACUUCAACAGGCUUGACUAUCCAGGAAGGUUUGGGUUCUGAAUCUGAAGCAACUGUACAAAAAGAAAUGAAAAACAGUUUCUUGAACAGGGUCUCAAGGCAGGCUGAAAAGAGGGUCAGUUUCCUCCUACAGGAAGUUAGUGACCAGGGUGAGGAGGAAAGGCAGAAGGAAGAGAAGUCCGAAGAUCAGCCUGCUAGCUCAACAUCUCUACCAAGGGCGCCCGAUCCAGAGCCUCCACUGCUACCUGACUCCUCUAUACAUGCAUCCAUAUGCCUGGCUAUCUUGGCAGAGAUCAGACAGGCAAAAGCACAGAGGAAGCAGCUUAAUGACUUCAUGACUGAGGAGACAGUCCUUCCUUAUGAGACUUCACAAGAAGGGUGUUUUUCAGAGGCUGCUGGUAGGCCCCGGGAGCAAAUGGUUAAGUUAGGGUGGGGAAGCACCAGGAAUGAAAAUGAAGCCCAAGGACUGCAUGUGGCAUCUCCAGCUGCUGUGUCUGCAGACCUCUUGGAUGCUGAGAAGGAAGUGCAAGCCAUGUUCCCCAGAGCAGGGAACUUUCAGCAUCUGCCCAGCCCUGAAACUGACAGAGGACCAGGGCAUCAUUUUCUGGCUUCCUCUCACAUAAUCCCAGGUCUAGAAAAAAGACAUUGUACUAGAGAGUCAAGACAGUUUUGUGGAGAAAGUGGAUGGUCUGAGCCUUCUGAAGUCAUAGAGACAAAGAAAGAAACAUCCAGAACACUGUCCUUUGUUGAUUCUUUGGCCUCAGACAGGCUUCUUUCUAUACCAGCUGUAGAGCAGGAUGGGAGGGUGGGAUCAGAGAAAGUGUCUGUCUUACCUUUUCAAACUUCUUGUGAUGAUCCUGGCAGGAUUCUGCAUGGGCAAAGUCAGUUAGCUGCAUGUAAAACUGCAGAGGGCAUAUCCUUUGGUAGUCAGGACAGCAUCCCAGAGUAUCAGGAACCUAGACGUCUAGAUUGUACAUGUAGAGGAGGCUCAGUUAAAAUCUUAGUGACCACACAGGAAGGAAAAGCAGUCCAUUAUGAAUGUCAGUCUGUGAUCUGUCAUGUGGAUAAUUCUGCAGGCCUUUCAGGGCCUAAGAAAUACCAUGUCCAGUGCUCAGAUGCUUCUACUGGCUUAGAAGAAAUUAAGGCAAGUCCAACGCCAUGUGCUGUUCAACCAGGGGCUCCUAAGAAGGCUGAAGCAGAAGCUCACAUGCAUCAUCCUGUCCAGUGGAAAAAUGUUGACUCUGACCUGGCAGAAGCCCAUGGGGCUGACAACAAGAAUCCAAGGUCAACUCCACUUCUAGAUCAGAUCCCUUGCCUGCAUCUUAGUGGAGUUAGAAAAGAGGCGCCAUGUCUGUGCCCAAAUGAGUGCCUUGUCUUAGAGGGGAGAACUAGAGGUAGCAGGGCACUUGACUCAUCUUAUGAGGAGGAAAAGAACAGAACGAUUCCUCAGCUAAGUGGUUCUCAACCUACUGCUGUUCAUGCCUGCUGCUCCCAUGCCUCCACUCUGCCGUGUUAUGGAGAUGGUGUCCUUAGGAAAGGAACUCCGCAGGCUGCUCCACAUCCUGUCCACUCACCUUCCAUAGCUCCAUAUAGGGACUGUGAAGUGGACAGAACAGUAGAGAACUUUCCCAAAGACUCUCAGAUGUUUUUGGCACAUGACCUGGAGCAUAAGCAUGAAGAACUUGGGUCUGUACACAACAGCGUCCUCAAACCAUCCACUUCAGCUGCUGUCUCCGCUCCAGCUCGAAGCCACUAUUCCCUAUUCACCUCAGAAGUGAAGGCAAAUGGCCUCACCCAUGUAGCUGCUGGUGGAAGGUCAGUUGAAGGUUCUGAGGAAAACAUUUCAGGGAAGACCAGCAUUGCCCCUAAGGAUGUUUAUACAACCAGUCCUGCAGGAACACACUCUAAGCCACUGAGGACUUUGAAGAAUAACUCUGUAGGGGAGAAUGCACAGGCCUCUCAAACCAAGCCAGAACCUCCUGUAGUGACUCAGGGACCACAUACCCUAAAUUUAAAUGAAGGAUCUGUUGAUGGUACACCGGUAAUAGCAGCUCAGUAUGGAUAUUUAGAAAAUACUACCAGACACUGCUCAGGAAAGACACAACCUUCCACUGAGGUCAGGAGUCACAGCUGCUUGGGUCCUCAAGCCAAUUUUAGAGACAGGUUAAAACACACCUGCCAUCCUCAGAUUGAGACUUCGUGGGAGGAAGAAGAGCAACAAAGAGAACAAGCUUCAGGAGGUGGCAAAGCCCAUGCCCAGGUCAGAAAUCUAACAUCUUCAAAUGAAGGUGGCUUUGAUGGCUUUCAUACUAGAGACAGUGUAAGAGAGGAGAUAGUUGUAACCAAGUCUCCUGUGUCCCAGACUUUGUUUUCAGGCCUUGCAGGCUUGGCGUCUCUGCCCUUGGGGCAAACUGACACAUCACAGCCUGCUGUCCCAACUCCUGGUCAACUUGACUCUGGAAGGGAAGGGCUGGCUCUCCGCCCCAGGCGCGCACUCCCUGUGAUUGCAAUCUUCUCUGGCACUAAGCAUUCCAGGUGCUCCCCUAGGCCUCAGUUCUGUGUGAUCAGCUCAUCUCGAUCUCUUCAAGAAUUAAAUUUGAGUGUGGAGUCUCCUUCCCUGACAGAUGAAGAUGCACAGGGGCCAAAGAGAUUGUGGAGCCCCUUUCUCAGGGGCCAUUCCUUAGAAAAGCCAUUGCCAACAUCUCCAAAGACUCAAGAUUGCAAUCAGAAAGCUUCAUGUAACUUGAACAAUAGCUCCACUGAACACGAGCCCCUGAAACCUGUCAUUCCUCCUUAUCCAACAUCAUCUACUGUGUCAUGUAUGCCAACCCCUGAUUUCAUGACUAACUGGAUGCCUGGUACUUUGGAACAGGCCCAUCGAGGAAAGACAGAUAAACUGAGAGUCCAGGGUAUGCCAGAGAACUGGCACUCUCAGGUGGACAAAGAAAUACUGCACUUUGGUUCUAGUGACAUAAAUUCCCAUGCCCUGUCCUGGUGUCCACAGGGACCUGUGCAUAUUGGCUGGAAGCAAUAUGUGUUUGGAAGUGCAGUUGAUGACUCUUGUAGCCAGAAACCCCAAUGCCUAAUACCAUCAAAUAUGGCUCAGUGUUCCAGCAUGGAUAGUGCCCUGGACGACAAAAGAUCACCAUUUCAUUCCCAUAUAAGGACUGAUGCCAAAACUGGGGAUCAGUCAAACAUGCACAACAGUAUUGAGAAUGACCAAAGUUCAAAGGAAGGCUGGGAAAUAGGGAGUUCCUCACUUGCCAUGGAGAAGCCCCAUAUCUUGACUAGAUCUGAAGGAGUUGCCUCAGCUUGGGAUCCUGACACGAGACCUCCAUUCAGGGGCUCCUCUGAGGAGAGAGGCUGUCUGAGGAGUGAGUGGCCUCUGGCUAGAGGGAGUGCCACAGCUGCAGGAGAUACGAUCGUACCGCUCUGCCCAUCUGAGACAGGCUGUGCUGUGGGGCGGGCCAGGAUGAAUACCUUUGAGCAGGGAACACAAACCCUGGAUAGCAGGCUCCACUGGAGUUGCACCGAUAUCUCUGCGCAGUCUGAUGCCAGGACAAUGUCAGACUCUGAACUGGCCUCCUGGACCAGCAUGCACAGCCUUUCUCUCCACCUCUCACAGCUUCUGCACAGCACUUCUGAGCUUCUUGGGAGUCUCUCACAGCCAAAUGUAGUCCCAAAGGAGCAGAACAUCAAGAGUGACUCCCCAGAUGAGGCUCCACAAGCCAUCAUGAUGGACGGCUCUACUCAGACCACUGUUGAUGAGGGUAUCCAGACAGACCUAAACUUACCUCCUAUGCCCUUCCAGGCCCGAGAUGUCAAGCCUCAGGAAGUCAGUGUGAUCCUUGAAGUGAUGGACUCAGGUAUCACCACCGUGGUUCAAGAAAAGGGAGAUGUCCCAGAAGUGUUUCAGAAGAAAGGGGCAGAGGAAACAGAAUCUCCAGAUCCCCAUGAAGGAAGUGCCCACUACAAGCCACAGAGCCCUCCUGUGCCCUCGCCACACUUGAAGUUUCAGAAAGCCCAUCUUGAGCAGAACCUUCCUUUUGUGAGCCCCCCAGCUUCUACUGAUGUUUCCUCACCUCCCAGCCUACAGCCAGAGGAAUCUUCCAUAGUGGUCAACAGUUCCAGCAUCUCCCAUCACUCAGGGCUCUUAGUUGGUACUUCAGAGUUCACCCAGAAGCCUAGUACCCAGAAGAACCUGGGCCCCUCGAAUGCCGUGCUGGUGGACAGGGCUUCCUCUCCAAUCCUUACAUUUAGUGCCAGCACCCAGGAGUUGAGCAACCCCUCAGUCCACGUGACUCUAUCAGCUCCCUCAGCUCAUCCUCUUGAUUUCCAGGAGAUUAACGUCAGCCCUGACCUUGCUGUUGGUAACCCAAGACCUCUAAUGGAUAAUUCUCAAGCCACUAAUGAGUCUGGUGUCUCUCAGAGAGUUAGGUCUCUGGAUAGAGAAGGCAAGAGCCCUUUAGAAAAGUGUUCUGAAAAAUUAGUUCUUGAUUUUAGCCCCCCAUGCAGCCCACAGAACUCUAGUCUCCAAGUUAGUUUCUUAGGGCAGGCCCUUCAGCAGCUUCAGCCCACGAGCAGCACUGGAGAACAAAGCAGACUGCCAUCUCCUCCUCCAAGACACAGGAGCCUGAAAUUAGAUGAUAGCUUUGUGCCUGAGAAGGUGACUUCCAUGGAGCAUGGUCCACGGGACAGCAGGAGGCCAAGUCAGUGGCAGGGCAGGACAGCAAAUGGGGAUGAGAGCUCAGUGUCUAUAGUGGAGCCACAGCCCAGCCUGGAUCUAUCUUCUUCACGGAGCGGUUUUCAGCCCCUUAGCCCUUGUCCUAUCUCUGAUACUACAGGGCUUCAAAGGCCUACUAUAGAGUCACUUCAGGCCUGCCAACCUGUGGGGCUGCUUUGCCCUGGUUCACAUGUGUAUGUGGCCCCUGAUCUCCAGCAUCACAGCCUGAGGGACCUCCCAGUUCAUAACAAGUUUGAUAACUGGUAUAGAGUUCAGGAUAAAUCUUGUGGAGGGCUCCAUGUCAGUGAGAAUCUAGGGGUCAGGUGUGAUUCCAGUUCUGCAGACCAAACACAAAGGCCCUUGCAACCUUCUGACGACUACAGUCAGGAUUCUGAGUGGCUCCGAUUGGAGCACAUCCCUUUGCAAGUUGGGGUCCAGAAACCCUCACUCAGUGUGGAACUCACAGAAGCAAAGCUGCACCAUGGUUUUGGGGAGACAGAUGCCCUGCUGAAGGUGCUGCAGAGUUCAACAGGGGAGGUGCUUGUUCCUCAAGAACCUGCUAUGUCCUCUUGGAAGGAGCCCUACACCAGGCAGAAAAAGACCAUAGAGAAUAUCAGGAGAAAGAGGGCUGAGCGACUUCAUAACUUUCGUCGAACACGAAGCCUCAGUCCCCAGAAACAACUCAGCUUCCUGCCCAACAAGGAUCUCCCCACCUGGGAAUUUGACUUGCCCAGCCGACGCCGAGAAUACCUGCAGCAGCUGAGGAAGGAUGUGGUGGAGACCACUAGGAUCCCAGAACCAGCGUCAAGAUCAGCCAACCUACCCUCUGACAUUGAGCUGAUGCUUCGAGACUAUCAUCAAGCCCGUGAGGAGGCCAAGGUGGAGAUUGCCCAGGCUCGAGAUCGGCUCAGGGAGCGGACUGAACAAGAAAAGCAGAGAAUCCGCCAGCAGAUCAUCUCCCAGCUGUUGAAGGAAGAGGAAAAACUACAAACUCUAGCCAACUCUAGCUCCCUGUGCACCAGCUCCAGUGGAAGCCUGUCUUCUGGCAUCACAUCUGGUUACAACAGCAGCCCAGCCUUCUCAGGCCACCCCCAGUCUCUAGAGGUUAAGGAGGACUCUCAAGUACCAGACUUCCGAGACACUUGGAUAGGGGGUUGGCGUGGUCGGUCCACAGCGAGGAACAGUCAGCUGUAUCUGACCGGAUCUACCUGGAAAAGCUUAGCCCACAGCCGCAGAGCCUCCCUGGGCAGUGGCUGCUGCUCUCCCUCCAGCCUAUCCAGUUUAGGGACCUGCUUCUCCUCUCCCUACCAGGAUUUGGCUAAACACAUUGUCAACACCUCAAUGGCUGAUGUAAUGGCUGCUUGUUCAGAUAAUCUCCACAACCUUUUCAGCCGCCAGGCAGCAGCUGGCUGGAACUACCAGGGUGAGGAACAAGAGGUGCAGUUUUACUACAAGGAAUUCUCUUCUACUCGACACGGCUUCUUGGGUGCAGGUGUGGUGUCCCAGCCACUCUCUCAUGUGUGGGCAGCUGUGAGUGAUCCCACUCUGUGGCCUCUGUACCACAAGCCCAUCCAGACAGCAAGGCUACAUCAGCGAGUGUCCAACAGUAUCAGCUUGGUGUACUUGGUGUGUGACACCACACUGUGUGCGCUGAAGCAGCUGCGUGAUUUCUGCUGUGUCUGCGUGGAAGCCAAAGAGGGGCACCUGUCAAUUAUGGCAGCUCAGUCUGUGUAUGAUACAUCCAUGCCAAGACCCAGCAGAAAAAUGGUCCGAGGAGAGAUCCUGCCCAGUGCCUGGGUCCUGCAGCCUGUCAUCAUGGAGGGGAAAGAAAUAACCAGAGUCAUCUUCCUUGCCCAGGUGGAGCUGGGUGCACCAGGCUUCCCUCCUCAUCUUCUGAACUCCUUUAUCAAACAGCAGCCGCUGGUUGUAGCCAAGCUGGCAUCCUUCCUUGGUAGUUAGUAUUGGGCUGUGGAGAUAGCUGCUGAAAUAUAGGCCCAGAACACCUGAGACUCUAUAGCUGCUUCUAUACCCUGAGGCAAGAAGAGCCCAGGCUGCCUGUGGUAGCCAACUAUACAUAUGGCAUCAGCCCAGCAUUGCCAGCAAAAUCAGUAUUUAGUACUUGGUUACCUCUGAAGAGUGAGCAACCUGAAUUUCCUGGCCCUGGCUGUCCAAUGAAACUCAAUUCACUUUUAGGAUAUUUCCUGCCUCUGGGACUUAACACACCAACCAAGGACUGGAAAAAGUAUAGCCUGCAGAGCUGGGGACUGCAGUGCCUUGGCAAGGUGCCUCCUUGGCAGGCAAGCACUAGCCAAGGGUGCUCUGAAUCUGCCUCCAACAUUCAUCUCCAUUUUGUGAUGGAGUGACAGAAAGGAUCAAACCAGUUUAAAGAAUCAACUGCACAAACCAAAGUCUGAUUCAGAAUUGUUUUCUCUCACCGAGUGUUUACAAAUGCUUCACUACUCGUAUUUACCUACAUGCACACACACUACUUCUACUGGGUCACUCUAUGUUGCUGGUACAGUUAAUCUAGCUUGAGCUCAGUACAAUGGGAGGCAACUGUGGGGCCUGAAGACUAGUAGCAGGUAGGAGGAGCUACAUGCUGCUUGCUGACAUGAUAAGAGGGAUUUCAAACAGACUGUCUUGGAGAGGAUUAUUUUCCAGCAGGCCUUGGCCUUGUGCCAACAUGAUGGCUCAAUCUCCCAAAUGCUGGGAUUAUGAGCCACCACACCUGGAACCUACUUUUUAUAUAAAUCUACUAGCUGAGUAGAGUGUUGUGGCACAUGCCUAUAGCACUCUGGUAGUAGAAGUUCAAGAUCACCUUUAGGUAGCCAGUCUGGAAUACAAGAGAUCCUGUCUCAAGCAACAAAAAAUAAAUAUUGAACCAUCUUUUUAAGUACUGAGUUUAACUGUUCUAAUAUGAGAGAAUAGAAAAAGGAUUGUUUUCUUAUAUCUUGACUCUUGGCCUGGCUGAACACUGAAGAUGUUCCAGGUUCAUCGGGAAAUGGUAGGGAUAAAAAAUUACUUUUAGUGCUGGAAAGUGGUGCACACUCUAAUGUCAGCAUUCAAGAGGCAGAGGCAGAUCUAUUUGUCAACAGAGCUAGUUUCAGGAGAGCCAGGACUACACAAAGAAACCCUGUCUCAAAAAACAAACAAACAAAAAAACUCAUCUAUUUCUGUCACUCAAACUCUUUGGUGGAAAAGGGUACUCUUAUGGAGAUAGAAGAAUGGUUAAAGGGUAAACUUCUUUGCAAGAUUUUUCUAAUCCCUUAGAGUAUUUAUAUUACCAACUGAAUACUGUAAAACUUCCAAGUCCUAAACUAAAGACAAUGAGCCACCA